AGAGAGAGAAUGAGAGAGAGAGAGAAUGAGUCAGCGAGCUUUAUCUCGGGGUCAACAGUAACUGAUCACGUCAGUGUGGGAGGAAGGAGAACAGAUUGAUUUGUGGGAUACAGUCCGCGGCCUUUCGUUUGCUUUGUCCAGAUUCCUCUGUUCAAUAACAGUGGCUGUGAAGACAAGACAGAGAGAAAAAGAGGAGGGGGAAGAUAAGUGUAAAUCUGUUCAGACUUGUUUGGGAAUUUGAGCAGGGAAGGAGGGAGGAGGAGUGAAACAGCAAAAGGGAGAAGAGCAGAGGGGAGAGGUUGACAGACAGAUCGAGAAGAAAACAGAUGCGGAGAGAGACAGAGGGUCAGGAUUGGAUUAAUGUUGAAAUAGAACUUUGUUCGCCUUUCUGAACCCCCCCCCCCCCCCCCCCCAGCAGAUCUGGAGAGGUAGGAUUGCUUGUGUUGUGCAAUCCUUGUUAGUUCACACUACUGAACUAACUGAGAGCUGCAGAGAGGAGGGAGACUAGACCUCCCUAGCGUACUAAACUCAGGUUCUAAAAAAAAGUAUGUUACCAUGGGGACCAAACGCCCCAGUCUGACUCCCUUUGACACAUUUGAUCCAUCCAAUCAAAGCGCUUCCUAUCGGAACCCUCAGCCAAUCAGCCAGAUCUCCCGCGAAACAAGUUCCAGACCUAGAACUGUGGCCCGGACAGACAGAGAGAGGGAGAGGAUCCGAGAGGAGGAAUGGAGGAGAGAAAGAGAAAUGGAGAGAUUGAAGGACAAAACAAGAAAUAGAAGAAAAGAGAUGGAACCCGGACCAAGAGAGAGGAACAGAGAGAAGGAGUGUGCCCCCAUAUCCAGAGGGAGGGAGGAGGAAAGGGAAUGGAGAGAGAGAGAAAGGGGGAGAGCGGGAGAGAGACAUGCCAAUGGAAGACCUACUUCAAAUCUGGAGAUCAGGAACGACAGAGACAGAGAAAAGGAGAGAAAGAAAGGAGACACGUUUCCUAGAAUGAUAAAACAUAGCAAAGAGAGAGACAGAAGAAUGAGUGCAUUUGUGGAGGAAGAUGUGGGGAAAGAAGGAGCGAGACAAUUGGAGAGACAGAAGGGAACAGAGAUGGAUGACUGGGAGAGAGAACGAGAGACAGCAGCAAAGAUACAGCGGUAUCGAGAUGCAGAGAGGGACUUCCAAAGGUACAGAGAGAGGGAGAGGGAGAAGGAGAGAAUCAGGGCACAGGAGGACGGGGAGAAAAAUGGAGGGAGGCCCAUGGAGGAUAAGACAUUGAGACGGAGGGAGAGAGCAAGGGAAGCGGAGCCAGAUUUCAGAGAGAGGAGAAGAGAAAGGGAUUCAAAGGGCAAUGACCUAUGGAGCAAAAGAGAGAGGUAUAUGGAUGGAGAGAGAGAGAGGUCAAAACUCCUGCAGGGAGAAAGGGAGGUUAGAAGAAGAGAGGGAAAUUCACAGAACUAUUCGGAUAGAGAGGGCGGGGAUGGAAGGAGGGAAGGAAAUACAGAGGGACAGAGGGACACCAGGAGUGAGGGAGACAGUGAUGGAGAGAAGUGGAAAGAGAGGGUGAGGGAUGACAACAGAAGAGAACUGAAACAUCCUCAUAGUAAAAGUGAGGGGGACAAUGAGGGGAACGCAGCAUGGGAUAGAGUGAGGGAGAAAGAGAAGGAGAGACAGAAAUGGAGAGGGGGGGAGAUAUACAGAGAGAGGGAUGGAAGGGGAGAUGCUUAUAGACAGAGAGUGAGGGAAGGGGACAGGGAUGGAAAGAGCGACAUGGAGAGAUACAGAGAGAGGGACAGGAGAAAAGUGAGGGAAGUGGAGAGAGAGAGGGAUGAGGUGAGAGAAGGGGGCAGGCGAGAGGACGGACCAAGGGAAAGGAGGGAUCCGGAGAAAGAUGGGGAGAAAACACAGCCCAAUGUAACAGGAGAGAGAGGGAAGAGGAUGGAUGGAGAGAGAUUCAGAGAGAGGGAGAGAUAUUCCAAGGGGGAGGAUGAGGAGAGGAGGCGCAGGGAGAAGAAGGACAGAGAGACAGAUCCCAAAAGGGAGGGAGGAGCAGACGGAGCUAGUCGAUUGCCGAGUGAGACAGCCCCAAGGGUGCCACCACGAGUGCAGAGCAGCGGAGAAUGGAGAAGUGACAUAGAGAGGGAAAGAAAAUGGAGAAGAGGAAGAAAAAGUCAUGAGGAGAAGGAGUCAGAGGGAGAUGUGGACAGGGGACAGAGAGAGUGUAGUGAAAGAGAGAGACCAGAUAGAGUGAGGGGGAGAGAAGGAGAGGAGGAGACGAUACCAAAGCGCCCUGAGCAGCGGAGGAUGUGGUUAUUACCACAGAAGGUCAGAUAUAACAAAGACUCCUCUUUAGAGGAUGAGGUUAGAGAGCGAGAAAGAGAUAGGCACACUAACAGAUGGAGAGAUAGAAGUGAAGAAGAGGACAGAUCCAUGGAACAAAGGACAGGCAGAGAAAAAGAGAGGAAGACAGAGGGAGAAGGACAAGAGGAUAGGUCAGUGGAACAAAGAAAGUCCAUAGACGAAGAGAGAGAAACUGAGAGGGAGGGAGGGAGGGAGAUGUAUUUGGAGAGAGGGUUAAAUGUAGAUGAAGAUGAUGAGACAGAAGCCUGGAGGAGUUAUAGCAGAGGAGAGGAACACCAGACUUACAGCGAUGGAGAGAGAGAGGAACGCUGGCAGAGGGACAGGGAGACGGAGAGAGAGAAUGUGACAGAUAACACAGAGGGUGACAGAGAGGAAGAAGGAGGAAGUGAUAGAUAUGCACUCUUCGAGAGUGAUGGAGGAAGUGAGAGAGAGUGGGAAGGAGGGCGAGAUAGAAUCCCUUCCUCUGAGGACGGCUUUAUCACUGUGUCCAGCGGUGGAGAAGAGGAGUUUGAGGACUGCAAGGAAUUCUUGGAAGUUGGGGUUGCUAACCAUGUUACCUGGCAACCUGUUAGCUUUCAGGGGAGCGAGGGAGAGAUGGAGAGAGGUGGAGGGAGAAGACAUGAAAGAGAGAGAGAAAGAACAGAAGAGCAGUUAGAGCAAAAAGAUGAUGCAGUGGAGGGAGAGGUGAAUGACGGAAAGGUGAAGAAGCAACCCACCUAUGUGUUCUGUGUGAUUGGACAAACAUUGCCCAGGUCAAAACCCAAUCAGACAGCAGUCUUGGGUGACAUGGAAUCAGAGCGGACCAAUCAAAAUCCUGGAUAUGGUCAUAGGGACAGUGGUGACAUCACACACCUCCCUCAUGAGAACCCUUCCAGAGAUGGAGACCAAGGGGCAGAGGAUGAGAGAAAAAUAGUGUGGGAUGAGAUCCAUGUGCCAAAGGAGGAGAGAACAGACACAGAAGAGAGCUCCAUAGUGGACGUCAGUCACACCACCCUAGAACGAGAGAGCGGAGAACGACUGAAGGUCGUGGAGGAGAACCCAUACGCUGAGAUAGAGCAAAGGAGGAACUCUGAGACCGAAAAACUCCUCAAAGAGUGGAGAGAAAGACAUAAAGAGUACAGAGAAACAAGAGAGAGGGACCCAACAGACAGUAGGAGGACAGAACCAGAGAUAGGUCCAUCUUCACAUCCCAGUGGAGAGUACCACCACCAUGGGAUCCCUGUAGUUGACCAAGCCACCUCUGACCAGAAUGACCCUGGAGUGAUGAGCCCAGAGGAAGCUGUGGCCAUCUGUAUAAGGGGAGCCUGGAGCACAGAAGAGGAGGCCAAGCGCCACUCCCAGGCCUCACACAUGAAGUGGGCCAAGAACGUAUUGAGCGAGAUCCUUGGCAGCUCGGAGGAACACGCCCUUGGCAACCCCCAGCCAGAGUCACAGGGAGGUCAAGAGGUCAGCCAGACUGCGAGAGGGACCGAGAGGGUAGAAGAGGAGCUAGAGGAAGAAAAGGAUGAGACGCCAGAGGGGGGAGGAGCCUCAACCGUCUACGCCACGGUUCAGAAGAGGACGAAGCGUGGGAGGAAGUCGGUGGAGGCGAGGCUGGCUGAACGGGAGGCAGAGCCAGGGAAGGUGGAGGAUGAGAGAGGUACAGGGAAGAAACUAACAGACAUGCAUGCUGAGGCUUUCACAGCUAUGCUUGGUGAUGGCAAACCCAUAGACAUGCAUUCUGCCCUGACCCUAUACAAUACUCAUGGUGACACACCUACAGACAGACAGGGAGAGGAAGUGGAGGGUAACAAUGUGUGUACGUUCAGACAAACAGACAGUCAUAUACAUAUCCAGGUAGAGAUGGUGACAGAGGUUGAGGGUGAGAUAGAGAAAGGGGUCGAAGUUGGGGACGAGGUUCAUAUACUGGAUGCAGAGAAAGAAGCGAAUGCCCAGAAAGAGGAAGAUCUGUUUCUCUCUGUGAGCAACACCCUGUACAAACCAACCAGCUGCCCCAGCCUUAUAUACAACACUGAUUCAGAACAACCUAUCACCCCCAUAGAGGAAAAGACGGAGGAAGAAGGGGAGAAAGAGAGGACUGUGGGAGAGGGGGAAGAGAAUAGUGUGGUAGAGGGGAAGCAGGAAAGGAGGAUAGAGGAUGGGACCGAGGACAUUGGGAAAGUGGGAGAGGCGACUGAGGAGAGGAAAGUGGAAAGGGAGGAGGAGAAGAGGGUAGGAGGGGAAGAAGAGAGGAUGAGGGAGGGCAAGGAAGAGAGUAAAAAAACGGGAGGAGGGGGGGUGAAGAGCACUUGUAGUUUCCAAGAUUUGGGCACCGAUGUUCAGUUUCGGAGGCGGGGGUUCCGCAAGACAACAGAAAGAAGAAACGAGGAAGAAGAAGAAGGAAGAGAAGAUGCGAGGGAUCGCAGAACAAGAAUAUUCCAGGCGUCAGAUGAUGAGGAGGAGGAGGUGAGCUUCAACUGGGGAGACGUGGACCUGAGGAAUGUCACGGAUACCAUCAGAAUGGCUAGGAGGAACUCCAAAUUUUACAAUUCCCAGCUCUACCAGGAGUACAGUGAGACAGCUCAGAACAGGGAGAUCCUCAGUCAGUCUUGCUCUGACGCCCUCUCCAUCUACGAGGAGCUCCCUGUCCACCUGUCCCCUGUACCCUCCUCCCUGGCCCCCUCGCUCCCUCCGGCCCUCCGGCCCUUACCCCGUCUCCCCCCAGUCAUCCACCCCCACUCUCUGUCCCACUCUGGCUCUACCUCCAGUGGCACCAGUGCCAAGUUCCUGCCCGUACCACAGCCGCCCCAGGCACCCCCAGGCAGGCCUCCCUCUCCCCGCCUCUCCAUCUCCCUCACCCAGUCCCCCAGCCUGUGGCAGGAGAUCCCUGAGGUCAGGACCAGUGCUGAGUUUGGGGAGCUGACUGACGACCAGAGACGCCUGCAGGAGGUGCAGUUUGAGGUUGUAACUUCAGAAGCGUCGUACUGUCGUAGUCUGGAUAUUGUGGUGGAUCACUUUGUCAAGUCUAAGCAGCUCGGGGAGCUGUUGACUACUCAGGACAGGAGCUGGCUGUUCUCCAGGCUGGCUGAUGUUCGAGCCAUCAGCCAUAGUUUUCUGUCGAAGCUGGAAGAGAGGGUGGAAUCUGAUAUGAUGCACUUCACCGUGUGCGACAUCAUUGCUCGCCACUGUCAACGCUUCAAGAAGGUCUACGUGCCCUACCUCACCAACCAAUCAUAUCAGGAUGCCACUUACCAGAGACUCAUGGAUGAGAACCAUGGGUUCAGGCGGGUAGUGGAGAAGUUGGAACGCAGUCCAGUGUGUCAGCGUCUUCCUCUUCGCUCCUUCCUCAUCCUCCCCUUCCAGAGGAUCACAAGAAUCAAACUCCUUGUGCAGAACAUUGUGAAGAGAACAGCCCAAGGCACAGAGGAGGAGGUCCAGGCCAUCAAAGCUAUGAAGCUACUGGAGAGAUUGAUCCAGGAGAGCAAUGACAGUAUUACUCAAAUGAAGAGCAUUGAGUCGCUGGUCUCUCUCAGUGCCAGAGUGGACUUUGAAUGCAGGACUCUCCCCCUGGUCAGUCAGUCUCGUAGGCUGGUGAGAGAGGGACCGGUGACUGAGAUGAUGGAUUUCUCUCUGAAGGAGACAGAGAGGAGUGUCUACCUUCACCUUUUCAAUGACUACCUGCUGCUGUCGCUGAACAAAGAAGGGGGCAGGUUCACGGUGAUAGACCAUGCUCCAGUGUCAGAACUGAGAGCUGAGAACUGUCGGGUCAAACUGCACUCUCUAGAGAAGAACCUUUUCCGCCUCCACCUUAACAAGAAAGCCCUGCUACUUAGCACCGACACACAAGGUGAUAAACUGCGUUGGAUCUCAGCUGUCUCCAGGCCCCAUCCUGUUAUUGACUACUCUGCAGAACAAGACUUCACACAGAUGCAGUGCAUCCGAGCCUUCGUUGCCCACCAACCAGAUGAGCUGUCCCUGGAGAAGGCGGAGGUCAUUCUCGUCCACCAGCAGAGCAGCGACGGUUGGGUGGAGGGGACCAGGCUGUCAGACAGACACAGAGGAUGGACUCCUGAGUCCCAUUUGGAAACCAUAGCCAGCCUCAGGGUCCGACAGCGCAACCUGCUGGACGCUCUAAAAAUUACGACAGCCACGGCUGCCGUAUGACAAACCAUCCACUGCCUGACUGCGCUGGGGGAAUCCUAGUCACUGUGUAUCAAUGUGGUUUAGUUACUGUGGAGCUGUGGAUUUGGACAGUGGAUGAAACAUAGUGUUUCAGACUGGAGUUGUCCCUCCCGGCCUCACCCUGCUUAUUGGGGAUGAAUGGCAAGGGGAUGAAUGGCGUUAGAGGGGGUGCCUUAGAGAGAGGCACUGGACUGACAUGAAUACCUUUAACACUUACAGGAGUGUCAACGUAAAUGAUUGGAGGGGUUUGGAGGUGCCUGGGAGUGUCUAGGGUAGCCUUGUAAAUCAAACCCUGGCAAUGAAUGUCGAUGGACUGUUACAGGAUCUAUUGGAAAUCAGCCAUCUAAGAACAUCAGUGGAUUGAGGACCUGUGGCCCCGGAGAAGGACAGAAGUUUCUCCAUAACUACUUUACUUGGGGACUUUAAAAAGACAUGGUAUGGGCCUCCUGAGUGGCACAGUGGUCUAAGGCACUGCAUUGCAGUGCUAGAGGCUUCACUACAGACCCGGGUUCGAUCUCAGGCUCUGUCAAAGCCGGCCGUGACCCGGGAGACCCAUGAGGCGGCAUACAAUUGGCCCAGCGUCGUCCGGGAUAGGGGAGGGUUUGGCCGGCUGGGAUGUCCUUGUCCCAUCGUGCUCUAGUGACUCCUGCACGCUGACUUCGUUUGCCAAUUGUACGGUGUUUCCUCCACAUUGGCUGGCUUCUGGGUUAAGCAAGCAGUUUUGGAAGAUGCCUGGCUCUCGACCUUCGCCUCUUCUGAGUCAGUACAGGAGUUGCAGUGAUGAGACAAGACUGUAACUACCAAUUGGAUAUCACAAAAAAGGGGUAAAAAGUACAAAAACUAAAAAAAGACAUGUUGGCAGUGUUUUGCAAUAGAGGUUAUUGUCUUUGAACAAAAUGGUUCUAUAUAUUCAGGGAAAUCUAUUAUUUGUGUAUAUUACAAAGAUUUUCAUAAAUUACUUUUAUGGUGGGUACUUAUUGGCUGACGGCUCAAAUUGAAUACUUCCGCUGCUCUAUGUUCACUACAUACUUCAGUCUAAGACUGCCAUCGUUGAAGUCGUUUGUGGUGACGUCUAAAUGAGGGGUGUUGUACAAAUCAAAUUAAUCAGCGAUUUGAUCAUCUUUAACCAAUCAGAGUAUCAAAGCCAAUGACAAAUGUUUUAAACGCCCCUUUACCGACGUGUGCUCUGGAUCUGGCCCAACCCAUCGGUUUCUGGGACCAAUCAGAAUGUGUUUGCUUUCUAGAAAUCGUCAGGGAGGUACUCAGAUUCAGAUCCGGAGAAGAAACUAAUGUCUGUGAGCAUGGCGUAGCAUUUGGCUGGAGCAAGGAGUUUGAGUAGCCAGGCAAGGAUACUUAAUCCCCUUUGAGAUACAGAAGACUAUGAGAUAAAGAGAUGCACAUUGUUAAGAAUGUUGAAAGGGCUGUAAGUGCAAUACAUUUCCAGGACUGUGCAUGUAGCCUACACAAUUUGAUUUUAUGGCAAAAGAGGUGCAAUGAUCAAAAUAAGCUGUUCUGUCUGUGUUGAGGAGACUGAGAAAGUAUGCUUUGGAAAUAAAUGACGAUACUCAUGAA